AUGGCUCCGCCUGCACGGCCGCCGCGUGUUGGGGAGGACUGGGAGGAGGGCACCGGCGAGAGCUCCCCACCUCCUCGGUCGCCACGUGCGUCCGACCCCGACCGCCACGAGGUGCAGAGGAAGAUCUGCGGGCGCCUCCGCCAGACGGGGCGGAACGACCGUACGCUCGCAGACCCCACCUUCAACGCCCGCUUCGCCCGCCACCUCGAGAGGUUGCCGCGGAGGUAUCUCCUCGACCUGGACAUCGACGGCAAGGUGGAAGAUGUCCUGCUGCACUGGAGGAUCCUCGACGAGUGCGCCGACCCCAACAAACGACCCGUCUUCCGCGCGCGAUUCCUCAAGUAUAAGACAGUUCCCACGGAGGAUGACGGCAUUGGCCAUAAUCAAGAUCAUGAGGAGCUGUGUCGAAAGUUGUUGGAGGACCUCAGUUUGGAAAGAAGAAAGACUGUGGACAGAAAUGAUUCCAUGGGCGAUUUAAAAAUUGUCCUUCAUGAGAUCAUUUUCUCUUCCAUUGACAAGCCCAAGCUCCUAAGUCGGCUGACUGCGUUGCUCUCUGAGGUCGGACUGAAUAUCCAGGAAGCUCAUGUUUACUCCACAAAGGAUGGUUUUUGUUUGGACGUUUUUGCUGUUGAUGGCUGGAAGACAGAGGAAACUGAUGAGCUGAUUGCAGCAAUUAAGGAGACAUUAACACACAAAAAAAUGUACGACACACUACUAUUUUUGACAUAUUUCACUAAUUCUAGUUUAUGA